AUGGCAGCUUCUUCCAAACCGACAGAAGAAAAUUGGUAUCCAUCCAACCUUCUUGCAUAUAACGCACUCCCGGCUCACCAAGCGUUUGACUCGCCAAUAUCUGAUGCGAAGUCCACUGCUGAUAUUAGAACCGAUUUCUACGACCGCAGUCUGACGAGUCGCAGAUAUGCCCUUGUCGGAGUGGCAUGUUCAAGUAUCUUCAGCUGCUUAUGCAUCAUUGCAGGCAUCGUCACUUUAGCCAAUCACGGAAUCGCGGGAGUAACCCCGCUCAACAUGAUGGAUUUGAAGGAGUCUAACAUGAACCUAUCGUGGCUGCAAUUGAAGAUAUUUUCCCUGAUACUUAACUUAAUCCCUCAGAGUCUCGGCUUCGUUUCAACAGGUCCCCAGCCGGCUGCAUAUGGUCAUGUCCAGACGCUCGCCAACCUCGUGGAUGAGUGGUCGCCUGUGAUGUGGUGGGGACACAAGGAGGAUGGAAUUCCGUAUUAUCAUGCUGGGACGAGCGAUCACCCGCUGCCGGACGUGAAGAUGGACUGUGUUUAUGCUGGUUCCGGUGCUGAGUCUCCGGUAUCCCUCUCAUGA